AUGGUGCAAGCCCCGAGACUAUUAGCCAACGUCAUCGACGACAAAGCCAGGACUGCUCCAGAUAGCCCAUACCUUUUAUAUGCAGAGUCGACGGCACAGGUCAGGGAAGGAAUAUACAAGACUAUUACGUGGAAACAGUUUGCCAAUGCUAUAAAUAGAGCCGCACAAUGGCUAGAUGAGACAAUUCCCAGGGUGGGCUCGGGUCGGCAGACGAUAGCAUAUUCCGGGGCCAAUGAUGCGCGAUACUACAUUCUGAUAGCAGCAGCAGCCAAGUCAGGUCAUGGGCGAAUCACCCCUGAAGGGCUGGCUACGAUCCUUGAAGAAAUCCAAUGCACUGCUUGGCUCUAUACCCAUGGAGUACCUAGUGCGGUUGAAAAGCAGCAAAGUGUGAAUCGUGGGAGCAAUCCAGAGACGACAUUGUUUGCAUUAUCCACACUUCUGGCACAACAGGUAUGCUUCAACAAGAUCCAGAUGUUAGUUCCACGUUUCCUAACAUUUUUUACCUCAGGUGUCCCAAAACCAAUCUAUCUCCGCAACGGAUACCUCUCGGUUUGGGAUAGUUGGAAUACCAUCAUGGCGAGGCACUCUCGACAAAUUACAUAUCGACACAUGGUCAACGCCCUGACAGUAAAUGUAUGCGCACCACAAUGGCUGGCCGGGUUAGCAUUUAGCCUCGCUGCUUCUGCCUACUUCGGGUUGACAACGGUAAUGCUGCCCCCGGACAUGACAGCUCCUUUCGACCCGCAACUGAUUAUGCAAAUCUGUCAAAACACGGGCGCCAACAGUAUCGCCUCACCUCCGUCCCUGAUAGAGGAGUUUUAUAAUGAUGAGAGAGCACGAUCAUUUCUGAAAAAUCUCGACUUUAUAACCUAUGUUGGUGCCGGAUUGAAUCAUGCGGUGGGCGAUGACCUCGCAAAGCAUACUCACCUGUUCCCUGUAAUCGGAUCAACCGAGCGGGGAGCCUGUCUUUCAUUCGAGCCCGAGGAGGCGAGCAUGUGGAAGACGUUUGAUUUCGUCCCAGAGAUGGGGUGCCGGUUUGAGCGAGUCCAAGGCGACCAAUAUGAGCUGCAUAUUGAUCGCACGCCGCAGCAUAAACUUUUCCAAUGUGGCUUUUAUUCCUUCCCGCACCUCGAAUCCAUUGAUACGGCUGAACUUUAUUCUCCGGUGACCACGGAAAACGGCACCAGGCGUUGGAUCUCUUGUGGACGCAGAGAUGACUUGGUGAAGCUGUCAUGGCUGGCCAAGUUCCACGCGACACAUAUUGAGGAUAAUAUCGCAAUGCAUGCUAACGUUGGGGGCGUUUUUGUCGGUGGUGAAGGGCGUGAGGUGCCAUACAUUAUCAUUGAGCCCAAGAACCAUGGCUGCAUUGGUGAUCCGGAGGGUUUCAUCGAUAAGAUCUAUCAGCUUGCAGUUGAGAGUGUCAACAAAAGAGACGAUGACGAGAUUCGGAUUCCUAGAGAAACGGUUAUGCUAGCAGACGCAGCGUUGCCGUUCAAGCGUACGGCAAAGAUGACUCUUCUGAGGAAAGAGAUAGAGAGGGAUUACCAGUAUCAUAUUGAGGAAUUGUAUCAGCGAAGGAGAAUGGUGAGGGCGGCUUAG